CUUGAUCUAAUCAUCCCAAUUGUUGCUAUGAGCAUGAUUACGUACUCCUAAUUCUAUACCCAUAUAAUAUAUAAAGGAAAAGGCUAGUAAGUGUAAUUGUAUCACUCCAAUAACCAAUGGUAUAGUGAGAUAUAGUUUACAAAAAUGGCAGCGUUAAGAGUGUGUUGCAUAAUUUUUGUGACUCUGUUAAGCUUAGCAAUAAGCUGCUCUACUCAUAAAGUUAAACCCCAUCCAAAAGCAAGAGAAUUGGUUGAAAGAUCAAAAUCAACUAUUCAUCAUGACCACCAUUCUUUGAAACACGCUCAUGGUAAAUCAAAGGAAAGUGGCAUCCAGGGAGAUGAAGAACUUCACGCCGCCCAUACCCUUGGAGGUUGGGGCGGGGGAGGAGGUGGAGGAGGCGGCCCUACUACCCCUAGUGUUGGUGGUGCUCCUAGUUCCGGUAGUUGGGGGUGGCGGUGGAGGAGGAGGAGGUGGUGGACCUACUAAUAACCCUGGUUUGGGUGGGGCUCCUAGUUCGGGUAGUUGGGGUUGGGGUGGUGGUGGGGGAGGAGGUGGUGGCCCUACUAACCCUGGUGUUGGUGGUGCUCCUAGUUCAGGCGGUUGGGGUUGGGGUGGUGGCGGAGGAGGAGGUAGUAGCCCUACAUACGGUCCAGGUGUUAGUGGAGGAGGCGGUGGUGGAGGGGGAGGCAUUGGAGGUGGGAGUGACGGAAGUCUCCCCACUUAUGGUCCUGGUAUAGGUGGAGGGGGAGGAGGAGGUGGAGGAGGCCCCGAUUAUGGUCCUGGUAUUGGUGGAGGCGGGGGGUGGAGGUGGAAGCGGUCCUAGUUAUGGUCAUGGUAUAGGCGGUGGUGAUAUUCCAGAUUAUGGUUCAGGUGGAGGCGGUGGAGGCGGAGGUGGAAGUGGCAUUGGUGGUGUUGGAGAAGGAAACAUUCCAAGUUACGGUUCUGGAUCAGGCGGAGGCGGAGGAGGUGAUGGAGGAGUGGAUGGUCAAACGAGGAGUGGCGACAUCGGCAACGACUGGGGAUGGGGUUGGGGUGGGAGUGGUCAUCAUCACCAUCCCAUGGGACUCCCAUUAUUCCCUUUUGGAUCUCUACCUUUUGAGUGCCAACAUAUCAAAUGUGUUGGCCCUAAUUGUCCCAAAUAUCAUAUGCACAUGCACUACCACAACGGUGUGAAGCCAUAACUUGCGGACUUCUUCAUGACACCCAACCAGCCAGGCCACCUCAAACCCCUAAACCGUGGCAUGUCCAAUACGAUGUAUGUUUUAUGUAGCUGUUAAUCAAACAUCAAGCUAGCUUAUACAAAGAAAAUGAUCGUAUGUAUAAUGAUAAUCAUAUAACAAAACACAAUAUUUAGUGAUGGUAAAGUGAGACCAAACUAAUACUAUGAUACUCCAUGCAUUACGGUUGUAUCACUAGUCUCAGGUGAUUA